AACUGCUCGCCUAAGAUUUCCAAGUCCAAAGAAGACGAAACCAAAUUGCUUAUUAAUUAUAACUACAGCUAGUCUUCUUUCCUUGCGUUACUCCAACUUUCAUCAUUAACUAAAAUCAACCCAACUUUUAUCUCUUUUCAGCAGGAAUUUUUUGGGUGAAAAAUACCGUGCGCUUCAUCUGGCCGGAUAUAUCAGCUUCAGCGCACAUGGACCAAAGUACUACUGUGGAGGUGGCAGAAGGUUUGAAAAAUGGCCUUGAGUUGGUGAAAUCAGUCUCUGCAAAGCAUCUGGAUCUUUUGAGGCCAUCUGCACGAUAUUUUUCUGUAUUUAAAGGGCAAACACCAGAUGCUACUGAUCGGAACAAAGUCAAAUAUACCCUCAUUAGAGAUCCAGAGGACUUCCAGGCAGGGAUCUAUGAUAAACCCCUUCCCUGCUUUGGCUGUGGGAUUGGAUGGUUUUCUUUUCUUGUAGGAUUCCUUUUCCCGCUGAUGUGGUACUAUGCAACAUUCCUUUAUCUAGGAAAUUACUAUCGCAAAGAUCCUAGGGAGCGAGCAGGCCUUGCUGCUUCUGCAAUUGCUGCGAUGGGAUGUUCCGUUGUGUUGUUGAUUAUAGUGGCUAUUCGAUUGCUUUAGUCUGGUUCAAAUUUCAACAGUGCUUGUAACACAUUUAUACUAUACAUGCCGACACAAAAAAUAAAAAGUUGAACAGCCUGAAAGCGCCACCAUACAGAGAUAAGGAUGUUGAGUCAGGAGCAGAAAGUUGGGUGUUACAAGACUUUUCCCAGCAUUUGUGAUUGUGAUUGUGAUGGCUUUUAUUCAUGGAACUUUCAGUGAGCCUCCUUAGACCUUAGGGAUGCAUGUAUACUAGAGAAUUUUUCAGUUUACAGGGAAUUACAGGAAAAUUUAUGUUUAGGACUUGAUAAGCAGGUGAAAUUCAAUUAUAAUUGCUCUAUCAGCAAAUUUGAUGAUACUAUAUGUAUAAGUUGUUAUUUGUUGAUAUUUAAUGCGAGGAUGUCAUUUGUUGUAGAA